AUGUUAAAAUCCUUUUCUUUUUCAAUUCCAACUGACGGAGGUAUUGCCAGUUGCGGUGGUCCCGGUGGAUGUGGAGGUCCCGGUGGAGGUGUUGGUUCCGAAUCUUUCAUUGGUAUUGAUACCCGUGAAGGACCCUAUAGAGGCGGUGCAUAUCCAACUCCUACUCCUACCCCUCUUCCAUGCCCUGGUUGCCCGUACAUCUUUGGUUGGCAGGAUUACGUCUUCCCACAGAAUUAUGGUCAUUAA